GCAAAGUUGAAGUCUGAAAACACUAAGUGUACCGCUAAAGGAAGUGUUAUUUUCAAAAAGCCCUUCCAGAUGCCUAUUGUUCAUAUGUCCUCAUGUGUUAUUUUUUCGUAUCUAAUUGUGAUAACUUGCCGAAGAAACUCACCCAUAACAAUCGGAAACCGUUCAAAAUUCUUCCAUGGCAGAACACUGGUCAGUCGGACCCACAGUUCAUUUUGGUUCACAUUCGCUUCUUCCCUCCACUGACCUUCAAAUAUUGUGGGACCUACUUCAGUGUAGGGACUGCUGGUUCAGACGCAUUUAUCACCAACUUGCUGUCAACGAACUUCGGUCAAAUUCAGUUGUGGCACUAAGCCCUCGGAAAAGUUCAAUCCCUUCUGUUCCCUUCCAUAGUCUUACGAGAGCGAUCCAAGCAGUCUUACGUGGCCUCAAUCUAAAUCGUAAAUGCCCAUCAAAACUAGACACGAAAGCGACCAACUUAGCAUCAUUUCUGCAUUUGCAUAUAAAGACUAGUUAUCAUCAUAUAACUGUAGUCAGUACCAAAUUCUGUAUCAAAAGACAGUAUUGGGUCUGCCCUUCUCAUGGACGUCGUUUGUUCGAUUUGCUAUACUGUAGUGGCAACUUUAGUAUUCCGGAGCGGAAAGAUGAGUUAGACUUCGAUUUAACUAUUCGUUCAAUAAUCCCUCAGGGUCAAUCUGAUUUCUUUCGAUCUGUUCAGCUUUCAAGCUCCUCAGAUGAAAGUGAUGAACCGGAACAGACUUUUUCUGUUCAGAUCCACACUCCAGAGCUGUAUAUAGUAAAGCCAAAUCCAGAAGGUUCUCACAAUCAUUUGUCUACGAAGGCAUGUUCCACCGAACCCGAAAAAUUCAUAAGCAAACAACUUUAUGAAGUCAACAGGAAAUGGUCGUUCAAAUACAGUGUAAAUGACUUAAACCAUAAACAUCUGUACAGUGAAAACGAAGCUCGACAUACCUGUGAUUCUCACAAUGAAAGAAAACUAGAUGGUCCAAAACAUGUGCAUUUUCCUAGGGGGAACCCUAUCUCUGCUGUAUACAAUCUUUAUACAUAUGCUACAGCAAGCAGGUUGGAAAGGUCUAAUCGUAUUUGGGAAAUAGAAGCAAGGUCUCGCUACUUCGAUCGUUUGAAGUAUUUAAUAUCAAAUGGUUUCGAGGCUGACCUAGCAUCCCAGUUGGCAGGAGAUGAUGAAUCUACGGAAAUUCACUCUAGUGUUAAUAAAGCUCUUGACAAUAAAGCAUAUAAGCAAGACAAUCUCAAACCGACGAAUAUAAUAUCUAAGCGUUCAAAACCUCGACAUCGCAAACGUAAUCGAAAACGUGGAUCCAACCCAGUAUCCCUGUUAUCUUCACAUUCACAUAAUGCAACCGACCCUAGUAUUUCACGAAAUAAAAUUGAUGAUAACUAUCAGAAAUGUGUAUCCCUUGCACAAUAAUUAUCAGGUUAAGCAGAUGUCCUUUGAGCUUUUGUCUCAAUUUAUUGUACAGUUUUCAUUAAAAUCUGUGAUAUCUGUCAGUGAUUUGAUUGCACGUUAUUUUUUAUACAGAAUCUCAUUAAUUCGAUAUAAACUACUGUUCUCACUUGUCACUGUUUUCAGAUUUUUAUCUAGUGUUAGCUUUCUUAGACUAAUCUAUGUUAAUAUUCCAAAAGUACAGCUUUAAGAAUCG